AUGAAUUGUUUAAAAAGUUAUCAAUACCAAAGAGCUAGAAAUUUCUACCACAAAAUGGAACUAGGCGGACUAUUGGCAUACGUUUGUAAAAUCUGCAAUAAAAAAUAUGAAAACGCUCCUUCUGUCAUCAAUCACGUCAAUUAUGAAUGUAACAAAGAAAAGCAGUUUAAAUGCAACGUUUGCGACAGGAAAUUUUCUAGGAAAGGAAAUUUGAAAGUACACAAGGGGGCAGUACAUGAUGUUUGCGGAGUCAUAAAACAGAACACCGUCGGCCAUUACAUGUGUCCUAGGUGCGGGAAAGUCUACAAACACAAAACGUCUGUCUACACCCAUUUGAAGAACGACUGUGGAAAGCCGCCUCAGUAUUUUUGCGACAUUUGCGAAUUUUCGAGCAGAUUCGAUCAUGUCUUGCGACGACACAUGAUGUCAGCUUCGCACAAAAAACGCGCUUUCGCUCACAAAAAUUUUGAGUCCCUAGAUCGGGAAUAAGACCACUGUAUUUUGGUCACAAAGGGGGGCAAGGUGUAUUAGUAAGCAAAUUUUUUUUAUAAUAAUGGUUUUUACUACAGUUAAGUUGUUAAAAAGUGGGGUAGUCAAUUUUUUUUU